AUGGCCAAGUCAGAGCUUGCACCAGACGAUAGGCAUUUGUAUGUCAUCGCGCUUUCAGCUUGCCGUGGCGAGUAUGUCCCUGCGGAGGAGUUUGUGAGCGAUCGCUACGACGCGCUAGUAGCGAUCGAACCUGCCAUGGAAGGACAUCUGUUCCGUCUCGCCCGUCUGCUGGCGCUUCUUUCAGCGCUCUGUGGCGACUUGGAUGCUGUUUGGAUGGCUCCUAACGAGUGGGAGGCGCUGAUGGAUGAUCAGUCACCAGACGCUGCAGCAUUCUGCGGCUUGGUCCGCUACGAUGGCCAUCUCCACUUCCUGCAUCCUUUCAUUGCGCGUCUGUUCUUGUCCCAGAUUGACUAUGGCGGACGCACCGAGCAUUGGCGAGAGGGUCAGCCAGUUCCACGCCACUUUCUGUACAACGAGUGGCACGCCUCCCUUUCCGUCCUCUGUCAGCACCUUGUCACACGCCGUGCGCCGACCGGCCAGCCGAGUUCGAUCGUGGAACGGCUUCUUUCACGGCGAGAGGACGAUGCUCUGUUCUUCCCGCCUCUCGUGCAAAAUAUUGUGAACUUCAGUUCCCAUGAGCCAAUUGCCCAGCGCUCUGAGCUGCUUGAUGAUGUUCUCGGCGAGUUCACUCCCGAGCACAAACUCCAGUAUCCUCGCUUCAGCAUCGACGAGCCUUUCCGACUCCUGAUACGGUCGCGUGCGAAUCGUUUCUGGGGCAAGACUCUUCCAAACUAUCUGCGACUUGCUGUUGAGGAUGCUCGACAAGCAUGGAAACUCCUCGCACCCACUGAACACGACAACCUCUCCCGCAACAACCUCGUCACUGCACUUUAUGCCCUACUUUCCCACCUGGGCCCCGAGCCUCAGACACAAGUUGAACUGCUUCUUGAGGAGUUUGUGGGCCAUUGCCGACACCUCUGCGUCUCACGCGUCCCCUUGCAGUUGCAGCGGUACUUUUACAAGCUGCGUGAGCGUGGGUUUUCGCUACCUGACCACAUGACCGAUCUUCAAUAA